AUAGUUCUGAGCAACUAUUUUGCGCAAGAAAUUAUGGAUUACAACAAUAAUGUAUCUGCCACUGUGUAUAACGUUCAGUGGUACAUAGCUCCGUUGCGAUUACAAAAAAUGAUACUGUUUCUCUUGCAAAGAGGUACCAAAGGAUUCUCUUGGAAUAUUGGUGGAUUGUUUGUAGGAUCGUUAGAAGGUGCUGCUACGUUGUUGAGUGCCGUAGUAUCGUACUUCACUGUUCUUUAUUCUACGCGAAAUUGA